AGUCAACACAGACAGGACACAGUGAAGAGUGUUUGAGACGUUAGACGAGGUUCAUCGUGGAACAGCUUGGACAUUUUUUUUGUUGUUUUUUGGAGGCUUUUUAACAAGUGAUUGAUGUCAAAGUUGGACACAUGGAAUUAAUUUGUCUCUUCAGCAACAACAACAAACAUUUGAAGUUUGUGUGAGGAGGAAAAAAAAGUGCCUUUUUCACCUCUUUUUCUUUCUUCUUGUACGACAAACGUUGUGUAGCAGUGAAGGACAAUUUUUCAUUCGAGACAAUUCUUUGGUCCACUUGUCAGGCUUUGGCGCGCUUGGCUGUCGGCUGUCAGCUAGAGCGAGCACCAAACGACAACGACAAAAAAAAGCAACAAAAUGAAGACCCAUUAAGUGCAGACCUGUUUGGAGCAGCUUGCGGGCCGAGGAUGGUGUCCCGUGGUGAGGCUGCUCUGCCGCUGCUGCUUCUGGCGCUUCUGGUGGUGCGUGCCGCUGUGGGGGGCUACCAACGUAAUAUCACUUUGGCCGUCAUCCUGCCGGAGAGCAACACGGACUACCCGUGGGCUUGGCCGCGUGUAGGGCCCGCCCUGGAGCAGGCAGUUCGGACCGUCAACGCAGACCCCACCUUGCUCCCCGGCCUCCGCCUCGGCUACAUCUUCAAGAACAGCGAGGACAAAGACGGCACCUGCUCCGAGUCCAUCGCACCGCUCAUGGCUGUGGACCUCAAGCUGGCCUAUGACCCGUGGGCCUUCAUCGGACCGGGCUGCUCCUAUACCUCCUCUCCUGUGGGCCUCUUCACCACUCACUGGGACGUCCCCAUGGUGACAGCAGGGGCCCCAGCCGUGGCCUUCUACGGCGGCGUGUACCCGUCUAUCACCAACACGGGCCCAACCCACAAGAAGUUGGGCAAGUUCGCCUUGCGCAUCUGCGAGCACUUUGGCUGGCGGGAGCACGUCAUGCUCAUGUUCAACGACAACAAGGUGGAUGAUCGGCCGUGCUACUUCGCAGUGGAGGGCCUCUACACCGAGUUGAAGAGCAUCAACAUCACGCUGGUAGACAGCGUCUUCGAGGAGAACAAGCCACCCAUCAACUACGCUCAGAUCCUCACCGACAUCCAGAAUGAAAGCAGAGUCAUGUUCGUAUGUUGCUCGCCUGACGUCUUCAGGAAGUUGAUGGUUCACUUUCGCCGCGCGGACCUUCCUCACGAGCAGUACGUCUUCUUCUAUAUCGACGUGUUUGGAGAGAGCCUCAAGUCGGAGCACAGACAGCCCUGGGCGAGAGGGGACGAGGAUGACGCCGUCGCCAAGGAGGCCUUCCAGAGUGUUAAGAUCCUGACGUAUCGAGAGCCUCAGAACUCGGAGUAUCGAGACUUUGUCCACAAUCUGAAGGUGGACGCCAAGACCAUGUUCAACUACACCAUUGAGGACUCGUUGAUGAACAUAAUCGCUGGAGGCUUCUAUGACGGUCUGAUGCUCUACACACAUGCGCUCAAUGAGACCAUGACUCCGCCCACCAUGCGGCCUCCUGGAAGAGUGGUCACCAGGAGGAUGUGGAACAGAACAUUUCAAGGUGUGACUGGGACAUUGCAGCUGGACGAGAAUGGAGACAGAGAGACUGACUUUGCUUUGUGGGACAUGAUAGAUACUAACAACAGUGCUUUCCAGAUCGUUUUGGUGUACAACAGUCUGGAGGAGCAUCUGACUGAAAUUCCUGGUACGUCGCUACACUGGCUGGGAGGAGCUUGCCCACCGGAUGUUCCAGUGUGCGGUUUCAAGAACGACAACCCCAUUUGCCUGACCAAAACAAUCACCAUACACCAGAUGGUCUCCAUUGUGGUCUUCUUCAUACUAACUAUGAGCCUCACUGUCGCCAUCUUCAUCUACAGGAGGAUGAAGCUGGAGAAGGAGUUGGUGGCUCAGCUUUGGAGGAUUUCCUGGGAUGACAUCCACAUGAGCAACCUGGACAAAGUGCUUCGCAGCGGCAGCAGGAUCACAUUGUCUCUGAGGGGCUCUAACUACGGGUCCCUGAUGACGACGGAUGGACACGUGCAGGUGUUUGCAAAGACAGGUUAUUAUAAGGGGAACAUCGUAGCCAUCAAGUACACCAACAGGAAGCGCAUCGAGCUGAGCAGGACGGUCCUUUUUGAGCUUAAACAUAUGAGAGACGUUCAGAAUGAACAUCUGACAAGAUUCAUUGGUGCCUGCAUCGACACGCCAAACAUCUGCAUCAUCACUGAAUACUGUCCGAGAGGCAGUCUACAGGACAUCUUGGAGAAUGACAGCAUCACUUUAGACUGGAUGUUCAAAUAUUCUCUCAUCAAUGACAUUGUUAAGGGCAUGGUGUUCCUCCACAACAGCGUCAUCGUCUCUCACGGGAAGCUCAAGUCGUCCAACUGUGUUGUGGACAAUCGCUUUGUGCUGAAGAUCACAGACUACGGUCUGUGCAGUCUUCAGCCUGAGAGCCAAUCAGGAAAAGACGCUCACUCUUACUACGCCCAGAGGCUGUGGACGGCACCUGAACUUCUCCAGAUGGAAGCGCCGCCUCCUCAGGGGACUCAAAAGGGUGACGUCUACAGCUUUGGAAUAAUCCUCCAGGAGGUGGCGCUACGUAGAGGAGCCUUCUACCUGGAGAGCAACCCACUCAGUCCCAAAGAGAUCGUGGACCGGGUGGUUCUAGGUGAAUGGCCGUGUCUCAGACCCACUGUGGACCCUCACAGUCACAGCCCAGAACUGGGCCAGCUGAUGCAGCGCUGCUGGGCUGAGGAACCCACUGAGAGGCCCGAAUUCAACCACAUCAGAAUGAUGCUACGCAAGCAAAACAGGGAGUCCAGGACCAACAUCCUAGACAACCUGUUGUCAAGGAUGGAACAAUAUGCCAACAACUUGGAGGAGCUAGUGGAGGAACGAACACAAGCUUAUCAUGAAGAGAAACGCAAAGCUGAAGCUCUCCUCUACCAGAUUCUACCACAUUCGGUGGCAGAGCAAUUAAAACGCGGCGAGACAGUCCAGGCCGAAGCCUUCGACUCGGUCACCAUCUACUUCAGCGACAUAGUGGGCUUCACAAGCAUCUCUGCAGAGAGCACGCCCAUGGAGGUGGUGACACUGCUCAACGACCUGUACACGUGCUUCGACGCCAUCAUAGACAACUUUGAUGUUUACAAGGUGGAGACCAUCGGCGAUGCGUACAUGGUGGUCUCAGGGCUGCCGGUGAGGAACGGGAAGCUGCACGGCCGAGAGGUAGCGCGCAUGGCCCUUGCCCUGCUGGACGCCGUCACCAGCUUUAGAAUUCGCCAUCGACCUGACGAGCAGCUCAAACUGAGGAUCGGUGUCCACAGCGGUCCAGUUUGUGCAGGCGUGGUUGGUCUGAAGAUGCCUCGUUACUGUCUGUUUGGGGACACGGUCAAUACGUCAUCCAGGAUGGAGUCCAGUGGAGAAGCCUUGAAGAUCCACGUGUCGGCAGCCACCCGUGACAUCCUGCAGGAGUUUGGCUGCUUCCAAUUGGAGAUGAGAGGUGACGUGCAUGUGAAAGGCAAAGGGAAGAUGACCACCUAUUGGCUCCUGGGCGAGAGCAGCAGCCAAUGAGUGCACCGGCUGCGCAGGAAGAGGGAGGGCUCAUGCUGUGAGUGCCGCCAACAAGUCACAAAUGCAAACAUGUGACUAAACCAACAAAUACCAACGCCACCUUUUGAGGGUUUUGUUUUUUCAUCCAAUCAGACGAGCGGACACUUCCACAUCCUCACUUUGACACUAUUGAGCAGGUUUAUCCACUAGAUGGCGGUAUCGUCACGUGUUUCAGGAAAAAAUAACUGCCAGGUUGAAAGGUCAAACAAGUCACACCUGUCUUUGUGUCACAGGAAGUGAGGCGGCCAAUCACAGACCAAUGCUGUGUCUCAAUUGGUGCACUUUCAGACUAUGUUCCAAAUUGCACAGUUCCAUACUUCCACGUCUUUUUCAGUGCAUAAGUGCAAUGCAGUGCACUGUCAGUACCCGCAUGUUGCACACACUCAAUGGUGAGUGCACAGUGAUGGACACUUACCACCCUCAAUAAUAGCCAUCUUGGCUAGUUAGCAGAAGGGGAGGAACUAACUUGAGUGGGUGCAGUUCAUAAAUAAAAGAGAAGAUAAAUACUGAGAUGGUCAUUUUUAGUAGGUGUAUGACAGUAAUGGAUUUGGAACAGCACUACACUGUCAAUUUCACACUCUCAGUAGCAAAUUCCACAGACUUUUUGUAGUGUAGGCGUGGAAGCGCAUGAGUUGGUACACAGUCUUAGUCUUUUGAGUGCAUACAUGGCAAUGUAUCGGACAGGGAGGGACUAGCUCGAGUGGUUGCAAUUUUCUCCAUUAAAAAGGAGUGAAGUAUUCUGUUUUGAGACACAGCAUUACACUUCAAUAAGUUUACUGUGUACACAGUGAACUUAGUUCUCGAGUGUGUGAAUUUUGACAGUGUGGUGCUGUUCCAAAUCCAUUACUGUUGUUUUACACUUACCAAAAAUAAUAACAGUAUUUACCUUCUUCCAUUCAAUAUGCGUUGCUCCUGAGAUGCUAUUACUUCAAGUUAGUCCCUCCACUUCCGCUAUGUAGCCAAGAUGGCGAUUAUUGAAGGCGGUAAGUGUCCAUCACUGCACACUCAUCAUUUUGAGUGCAACAUCCAGGUACAGAGUGCACUGCAUCAAUGAAAGCACAGCUAAGUGUACAAAGUACACUUAGUGAAGUGUACUGACGGAAAUACAGUAUUUUAUUUGAGACAGCCAUUGUCACUGAUGUGUGACAAAAGAAAGGACUUUUAGUUGAAAAGGUUUUUUAUUGAAUACAAGACAAACCAAUGUACAAAUGUUUCCUCCAGACAUAAAAAGUUAACUGUCAAUCAUGUCCACUCUUCAUGUGAUGAGCUGCGGGACAUAAACACACAACAUUAGAGACAUUCUUCAAUCAGUGUGUGUGUUUGUGUGAGACUCACAGACUUGACCGACUGCUUGAUGAAGUCCUUCCUGCUGGUCAGGUCGUGAUCAGGAUAAGUGUCAAACACCUGCAAGGUUUCAACUCGUCAAGUCAGUAACAGCCUGCACACGAGGAAGAGCAAAACCCCACCACUUGAAGGCGGGGUCACGUACCUUUUGGCAUAUCUGCUUCAUGGUCAUCUCCUCCAGGUCGGCGUCCUUCAGCAGAUCACGCACCGUCUCCUUCAGCUGCUCGUCACUCGGCGCUCGUUUGAUCAGACUGCUGAGCGGCUCGUCCUCAUCGGACGUGUCUGUCGUCAGAGACAAUGGGCGGCGGUAAGACGGGGUGGGACAUGCCUGAGUUGCACGGCGGUCUCACCUGUGUUGGUGUUUCUGCUGCUGCUGUCCGCCUUCUUAGUCCUGGCGGCAGGUUUCUUCUUCUUCUUUGCCUGACAAACGGGAAGUCGCUCAACAUGAAGAAAGGCCAACAAGCGCAUUGACGCUUUACCUUCUCAGCUUCGUCGCUGUCCAAGUCAUCAUCAGAGAGGUCUCUUUUGAGCCGCUUCCUGGGAGGAGGCGUCUUCUUGGCCGGCGUCCGGGAACGCUUUUUGGACUUGGUGACCUAACACGAGACUUGAUGGAUUUAAAAGCGCAAACAUACCAGGGGCGCUGGUCCCAACCUUCACUCACCUCUACCUCCUCUUCCUCAUCUAUGGACCGCUCCGACGAGUCCUCGUCUUUCUGGGAUGACCUGUCUUCCUCUGCUGCCUUCUCUUCCUCGUCUUCGUCAUCCUCGUUGUCGUCAUCGCUGCUGGAGUCCAUGACGAUGGCGUUGGACUUACUUCCUGCUUUGGACUUCUUGGGGCUGGACGAGGAGGACGAGGCACGUCCGGUAUUGGCGUUGCUCUUCUUCUUGCUCUUGGCAGUCGACUGGUCAGCUGUCACUUUCUUCUUGGACCUCUUCUUCUUCUUGACGGGAAGACGCUAAGGAGAGAAAAUCAAACAGGGACCACAAACAGAACCUCCUAGCAGUCGGGGCGGCACUCACCUUCCCGCUGUUCUUUGGAGCGAGCAGGAACAUUAGGAUCCUGUCCACCAGAUCCGAGUGUGUCCCUUUCUUCUCCAGGUCCAGGACACCACAAACCACCUUCAGCUUAGCGUUGGUCAAGUGAGAGUUCCUGCAUUCAGUAAGACAACGGCACAGCGUUAGCGAUUCGCAAGGAUGUUGACUAACCACUAUGACACACCUGAGAAGUUUUUCCCGCUUUUUGAGGUACUGCUCGCUGCCAGCAUUGAAAGGAAAGCCAUUGAAAAGACGCAGGUUUUUCUUCAUGGUGGCCAUCUGACAAACAACACAAAGGUCAGCCUGUAGCAGGCGGGCCGGAGGCCAUGUUCCUACCUUCCCCGGCCGCUCAAACAAGAUAGCGUGGAGAGGCUUCAGGUCAGCGGGCUUCAGUUUGCUGAUCUGGAAGUUGGUGCGUGGAAUGUCUCCCAGCUUGUCACCACUUCCUGCAGAGAGAGAUGUUGGCCGACACAGCUCAGGUGGGACGGCGUCAGAGCAGGAAAAAAGUCAAUGUACCUUCUGCGAUCCUCAGCUUUUCUUUGUGCUUGGGCGCCUGGAAGUCGAGUCGUUCCACGUUCUUCUUGGUGCGCUUUCCCUCCAUGAUCACGUCACCUGCGCAGUCACAACACAAGCUAGCAAGCCCUGCCCACACCGCUAGACGACCUACAAGCAGAAAGUAAAUCUGCACUACCUGCUGACUUCAACAGGGUUUUCUUUGUACUCGACUUCUCAUCUUCCUGCGAUGUCUCGAGCUGCUCGUCCAGGACUUCCUCUGCCAUGUUGUUUAUACCAGCACCACCUAUUAAACACACAAGUUUAAUGUUCUUCAUCGCCUUUUGACAUUAUUAACAAACGCAGGAGGAAGCGAGGAGUCACGUGAUCAUAACACAUGAUCAGGUGACUAAGUUUCCAUGGAAACAUUAUGAACUCACAUCAAAGUAUUUAUUGGAAAAGGUUGCCGUGGUGAUCAACUCGCAUAUAACAUGUAGAUGGCGCCAAAACAAACAUUACGAAUGUAACGUUUGUCUUUGCCAUCUUGAAGAAAACUUCGUAAACAACGCUGAUGAAUGUCCACGCAAUGGAUAACAAAAAAGCUUUGUGCUCAUUCAAAUGACAAUUAAACUCAAAUAAAUGUUGACUUUCGACAGGGCUGCUAGCAAGUUAGCACAUUAGCCUCGUCUCCACUAAUGUUACACGUUGACAGGUUAGUGGCUUAUAAAGUAAUGAAUGUCCAAAAGAGACACACAAUGCCGCCGUGACGCACACAAAAACACACUAAUGGACGUUGCUGCAGAAUAAGCUGAUCAAAGUUGUUACCGUGUUGUCAUGCGAAGAAGAAGCCUUCUUUUAUUUGAUUCCUGAUGGCGGUUUCUGUAUGGGCGGGGCUACGACCGCUUCCUCAUCACUGAUUGGACAAUACACGAUGACGUUUCGUUGAUCUUCUUCGUCAGGUGGUAGUGGCGGUAUGCAGAACUCGCAGUUGUCAUCUAGUGGUCGCAUGCAAUAACACCUAAAUAGAUGCUUUGGCGUCUUUCCCAGAAGCUGAGUGCUGUACAUAUUUUCAUCUUUUCUAGCCAAUAUUUGUCCUUGGUACACGUCACACUGUUGAUUGUGUGUUCAAGUCAACCUGUUUGACCAGUCUGCUAAACGAACAAAUAAACAUUUGCGCUCCUAGUGUGAUCUGAUCUUCAUGCUGCACAUUUACACAAGUUAGUGUGAGCUUAAGGUUAGUGAAUACCUUUGCAUUUGCAUUUCAAAAUAAGGGAAUUUUCCAUACAAUAACAGAAAUUAUCAUUUAUUAUUUCCUUCAAUUUCUGCUUCUGGGUUUAAACUGUUGUUAGCACAAGCUAACUGAUGAUGUUACCGCUGUCCAAGCGGCCAUCAUUAUUGCUUUUCCUUGCGAUUGGCUGGAAGUGAGGACGCCUUCAGCCUCGCAGCGUGUUGGCUAACAUCUUUGAUUUGAUGGGACAUGCACGCUCUCAUGGACCAUUGUGACUUUCUGUAAGAUGCCCUUUAUGUGUGUGCAUGUAUGCACAUUUGGCAUGUGUGUGUAUGUGUGCAUGUACAGUAUGUGUGUGUGCAUAACCCACCUGGUCCAGCCAGCACCGCGUUCCGUACAGGCUCGAACUAGGGUCCGCAGAAUGAGAGUCGAGAGCGCUAGCCAUCAUGCUAAAAGUGUGUUCAUCCAUUCAUCUUCUUCCGCGUAUCCGAGGUCGGGUUGCGGGGGCGGCAGCCUAAGCAGGGAAGCCCAGGCUUUCCUCUCCCUGGCUACUUCGUCCAGCUUGUCCCGGCGGAUCCCGAGGCAUUCCCAGGCCAGCUGAGAGACAUAGUCUCUCCAACGUUUCCUGGGUCUUCCCCAAGGCCUCCUACUGGUUGGACAUGCCCUGAACACCUCCCCAGGGAUGCCUGAGCCACCUCACCUGGUUCCUCUCAAUGCGGAGGAGCAGCGGUUCUAUGGAGAAAGCUCAUUUCGGCUGCUUGUACUUACAAUCCUGUCCUGUGUGCGUUCACUCAGUGGAAAUAAAUUGUUAUUGAUUAUUGUUGAU